CCCACCCCGCCGCGCUGCGCUUGCUCUCUCUCUCCCCCCCUCUCCGCUCGCUCACGACACAGGUCUCGCUCGCGAGCAAGCGCACGGAGAAGAAUCGAAUCGAAGCCAUCCCGUGAGGGGAGAGAGAGAGAGAGAGAGAGGGGAGGGAGAGAGGGAGGAGGAGGAGAGAGAAAAAAGUGGGGAGAGGCCGUACCCUAGGGUUUCGGUCGCCGGCGAGGAGGCCCGCCCCGCCCGCCGCCGCCGGGGGGCCGCGGCGCCUAAGCUGAGCAGGUUUGUUUGAGCCUGUAUACAUGAUAUCAGCUUCCAGAAGGUGAUUGCAGAGGGGGAGGAUGGAAGAGGAGGAACACCGCGGGGUUGUUCUUGUUUGCAGCAUCUGCGGUUUCCUCUUCGCUGUCCUUGGCCCUCUCAGCUUUUGGAUCCUAUGGGCUGUGAACUGGAGGCCGUGGAGGCUAUAUAGUUGGAUAUAUGCAAGGAAAUGGCCAGCAUAUGUGCAAGGACCUCAACUAAGCACACUGUGCAGCUUUUUCACUCUUUUUGCAUGGCUUGUCGUCGUUUCUCCAAUAACAGUUUUGUUAGUAUGGGGAGGCAUCCUUAUUGCUCUUUUGGAAAGGAACAUAAUUGGGCUAGCUGUUAUAAUGGUCGGUGUUGCUUUGCUUCUGUCAUUCUACUCUAUAAUGUUGUGGUGGAGAACGCAAUGGCAAAGCUCCAAGGCUGUUGCUUAUCUUCUACUCCUGGCAGUCGGUCUACUGUGCGCUUAUGAGUUUUGUGCUGUUUAUGUUACAACCGGUGCUAGUGCUUCUGAGCUCAAUUCCCCAUCUGGCUUCUUCUUUGGGGUAUCUGCAAUUUCAUUGGCCAUAAAUAUGCUUUUUAUAAGUAAAAUACUGUUCAAUGGAAGUGGAUUCGAUGUUGAUGAGUAUGUCCGAAGGUUGUACAAAUUUGCAUAUUCUGAUUGUGUUGAAGUGGCCCCUGUUUCAUGCUCGCCUGACCCACCAGAUCCUAGUGAGUUAUACAUGACAAAAUCCAGCAGGGUCUUGCAUCUAGGGCUUCUUUACCUUUGCUCAUUGAUGGUUCUUGUUGUCUAUUCCAUCUUAUAUGGUCUGACAUCAAAAGAAGCACGCUGGCUGGGUGCUUUAACUUCAGUUGCAGUAGUGAUUCUCGACUGGAAUUUGGGCCUGUGUUCAUUUAGGUUUGAGCUUCUUAAAAGUCGGAUGAUAGCGCUAUUUGUAGCUGGAACAUCAAGGGUUUUCCUUAUAUGCUUUGGGGUGCACUACUGGUACCUUGGACAUUGCAUCAGUUAUGCUUUUGUAGCAUCUGUGCUUUUAGCUGCAGCUGUCUCUUGCUGGCUUUCUAUUUCAAACCCCUCAGUUGCAAGGAUAGAUGCAUUAAGAAGCACAGUGAUAAAACUCCGAGAAGGUUUUCGAAGGAAGGGGCAAACUAGUUCUUCAAACUCAUCAGAUGGCUGUGGAUCUAGUGUGAAGCGUAGUAGUGGCAGUGUUGAAGCUGGUCCUCAUGGCAAUGCUACUGAUUCUAUGUACAGAAGCAACUCACAAAGCGAUUGUGUCAAUUGGAACAAUGUUCCUUUUGAUCGAUCGAAUAGUUGUCAAGAAGGACAGAGCUCUGACAAGAACAUAGAUAGUGGACGUGCCAGUUUAGCCCAUCGCAGUAAUUCGUGCCUUUCUGCUGUAGCUGUACAAGACCCUGAAACUGCUGUAGUUUCAGCGGACAGGCAUGGGGACCCAACUGCUUCACUCGUUGUUUGCUCUAGUAGUGGUUUGGAAAGUCAAGGCUGCGAGUCUAGUGGAUCAGCUACUGCCUCGGGUAAUCAGCAGCUAUUGGAUUUGAACUUGGCUGCAAUUUUUCAGGACAGACUGAAUGAUCCAAGAAUCACAUCUAUGCUAAAAAGGAAUGGUGGACUAGGAGAUGUAGAAUUGGCUAAUCUUCUUCAGGAUAAAGGCCUUGAUCCAAAUUUUUCCUAUAUGAUGAAAGACAAGGUUAUGGACCCACGAAUUUUAGCUUUGCUGCAGAGAAGCAGCUUAGAUGCAGACAGAGAGCAUCAAGAUGAUGUAGAUGUCACUGGUACUGAUUCAGAUAGGUUAGAUACAACUAUUGCAAACCAGAUCUCGCUAUCAGAGGAACUUAGGAGAAGUGGGCUAGAAAAUUGGCUAAAUCUUUCAAGGCUGAUGUUUCAUCAAGUAGCAGGUUCACCAAUACGUGCUUUUGUUGUUUUUACCCUAAUAUUCAUCAUAGAAACAGUUACUGUGGCUGUCCAUCGACCGAAGCCCAUCAAGGUUAUAAAUGCAACUCAUGAACAGUUUGAGUUUGGUUUCUCGAUACUGCUUCUAUCACCAGUUGUCUGCUCCAUUAUGGCAUUCAUUUGGUCCCUGUGUGCAGAAGAGAUGACGAUGACAUCCAAACCUCGGAAGUAUGGCUUCAUCGCAUGGUUGCUGAGUACUUGUGUUGGUCUACUUCUGUCUUUCUUGAGCAAGUCAUCAGUUAUUUUGGGUUUGUCACUCACGGUCCCACUUAUGGUGGCUUGUCUCUCAUUUGCUAUUCCCAUAUGGAUGCGUAACGGUUACCGUUUCUGGAUUCCGGGAGGGGAGCUUGAUAGCCGUGAAAAUAUCCGCCAAGCUCCAGGAAAGAAAGAGCGCGCUCUGUUUGCCAUCAGCAUAACUGUUUUCACUGCAUCAGUAAUUGGCCUUGGUGCAAUAGUAUCAGCAAAACCUCUAGAUGCAUUGGGCUACAAGGGAUGGGAUGCUGAUAAAAAGAGUUUCUAUUCUCCCUAUGCAACAUCGAUGUAUCUUGGAUGGGCAUUAUCAUCAACGAUUGCUGUACUUGCCACUGGGGUGAUACCUAUUGUCGCUUGGUUUGCUACUUAUCGAUUUUCACCUUCAUCAGCUAUAUGUGUUGGCCUUUUUGCAACUGUCCUUGUAUCCUUUUGUGGUGUGUCCUACUGGGGAGUGGUAAAUUCACGACAGGAUGGAGUUCCUCUGAAGGCUGAUUUCCUGGCAGCUUUACUUCCAUUACUUUGCAUUCCUGCUGUGUUCUCGUUGUUUACUGGGAUGUAUAAAUGGAAGGAUGAUGAUUGGAAGAUUUCCCGUGGAGUUUACCUAUUUGUUGGCAUGGGAGUGCUGUUAUUGCUUGGUGCAAUAUCUGCAGUAAUUGUUACAAUUAGACCUUGGACUGUUGGAGUUGCAUGCCUCCUUGUCAUCUUGUUCCUUGUAUUUGCUAUUGGUGUCAUUCACUACUGGACAUCUAACAAUUUCUAUUUAACAAGGACACAAAUGUUACUUGUUUGCUCCCUUGCUUUUCUCCUUGCCUUGGCUGCUUUCCUGAUGGGCUUAUUUCAGGAGAAACCUUUCGUUGGGGCAUCUAUAGGUUAUUUCUCGUUUCUAUUUCUUCUCACAGGAAGAGCAUUGACUGUCCUUCUAUCACCACCAAUUGUCGUGUAUUCACCGAGGGUAUUACCUGUUUAUGUUUAUGAUGCCCAUGCAGACUCUGCUAAAAAUGUUAGUUAUGCCUUCCUUAUCUUGUAUGGGAUUGCAUUGGCUACUGAAGUUUGGGGUGUCAUUGCCAGUCUAAUAUUGAAUCCACCAUUUAUUGGGGCUGCUAUUUCUGCUAUCACUCUUGUAAUUGCCUUCAGUUUUGCUGUUUCUCGACCAUGCCUGACUCUCAAGAUGCUGGAGGACGCUGUUCACUUUCUCAGUAAGGAUACAGUUGUACAAGCAAUGUCACGUUCUGCUAACAAAACGAGAAAUGCUAUUUCUGGGACUUACUCGGCGCCUCAGAGAUCCGCAAGUUCUGCUGCUCUUUUGGUUGGAGAUCCUGCUAUUACGUUGGACAGGGCUGGGAAUUUUGUGCUUCCUAGGGCUGAUGUCAUGAAGCUGAGAGAUCGUUUAAGAAAUGAAGAAAUUACGGCAGGAUCGUUCUUUUGUGGAGUGAAGAAUUGUUUAAUGAUUGGAUCCCCUGUAGAUGUAGAUUAUCGGAGGAAUAUGUGUGCCCAUGCACGUAUUUUGGCUUUGGAAGAAGCAAUUGAUACUGAAUGGGUUUACAUGUGGGACAAGUUUGGUGGUUAUUUACUUCUUCUGCUUGGCUUGACUGCCAAAGCUGAGCAAAUACAGGAUGAAGUUCGUCUUAGACUUUUUCUGGACAGCAUAGGUCUUUCUGACUUAAGUGCCAAAGAAAUCAAGAAAUGGAUGCCUGAAGAUCGAAGACAUUUUGAACUUAUUCAAGAAAGCUACAUAAGGGAAAAAGAAAUGGAAGAGGAGGUCUUGAUGCAAAGGCGCGAGGAAGAAGGGAAGGGAAGGGAAAGGAGGAAGGCAUUGUUGGAGAGAGAGGAACGAAAAUGGAAGGAGCUUGAAAUAUCACUGCUAUCUUCUAUUCCUAAUGCUGGAAGCAGGGAUGCUGCAGCCAUGGCAGCAGCUGUCAGAGCUGUGGGUGGUGAUUCUGCUCUGGAAGAUUCUUUUGCAAGGGACAGGGUCUCGUCAAUAGCUCGUCACAUAAGAAAGGCACAAUUGGCUCGGCGAGCAGAGCAGACUGGCAUUCCAGACACUGUUUGCAUACUUGAUGAUGAACCAAGGAGUACUGGGCGUCAUUGUGGAGAGAUUGAUUUGUGUCUUUGUGAAAGUAAAAAAGUUAGCUUCUCCAUUGCAGUAAUGGUGCAGCCGGUGUCAGGUCCAGUCUGUCUUUUUGGAACAGAAUUCCAGAAAAAAGUGUGCUGGGAAAUCUUGGUGGCAGGGUCAGAACAGGGAAUGGAAGCUGGCCAAGUUGGUCUUCGAUUGGUGACUAAGGGUGAAAGGAUGACAACCGUUGCAAAAGAGUGGAAUAUUGGUGCAUCAAGUAUUGCUGAUGGCAGGUGGCAUCUUGUCACUGUGACUAUAGAUGCUGAUCUAGGUGAAGCAACUUCUUUCAUAGACGGAGUCUACGAUGGAUAUCAGAAUGCGUUGCCAUUGCCUAGAAAUAAUGGCAUCUGGGAACCUGGGACAGAUAUUUGGGUUGGUGCUAGGCCACCCACGGACUUAGAUGCCUUUGGUAGGUCAGACAGCGAGGGAUCAGACUCAAAGAUGCAGAUCAUGGAUGCUUUUCUAUGGGGAAGAUGUCUGACUGAAGAUGAGGUUGCUAUGUUGCAUACAGCCAUCUGUUCUGCUGAAUAUGGCCUUUUUGAUCUUGCUGCUGAGGAUGCUUGGCAUGGAAGUUAUUCUGCAAGGGUGGAUGACUGGGAAAGUGAAGAAGCAAAUUUUGAACUAUAUGAUCAAGAGGACGUUGAAUGGGAUGGACAGUACUCCAGUGGUAGGAAACGUCAUGCGCGUGAUUCUGUAGCUAUUGACAUUGACUCCUUUGCUAGAAGACCAAGGAAACCAAGAUUUGAGACACGAGAGGAAGUCAAUCAGCGCAUGCUUUCUGUCGAAAGGGCUGUUAGAGAGGCUCUUAUUGCGAAGGGAGAGAGAAAUUUUACUGAUCAAGAGUUCCCUCCGGAUGAUCGAUCUCUGUUUGUAGAUCCGAUGAACCCAUCUCUAAAAUUGCAGGUUGUCUCUGAGUGGAUGAGGCCUUCUGAUAUUGCGAAGGAGGUAUCUAUCAGUUCACAACCGUGCUUAUUUUCUGGUUCUGUGAAUUCGUCAGAUGUGUGUCAGGGUCGGUUGGGCGACUGUUGGUUCUUGAGCGCUGUUGCAGUUUUGACAGAGAUGGCCCGUAUAUCUGAAGUUAUAAUCACUCCUGAGUAUAAUGAAGAAGGGAUUUACACUGUCAGAUUCUGUAUCCAGGGUGAAUGGGUGGCAGUGGUGGUUGAUGAUUGGAUCCCCUGUGAGUCUCCGGGGAAACCGGCAUUUGCUACUAGUAGAAAGCAAAAUGAGCUGUGGGUAUCCAUUCUUGAAAAAGCUUAUGCAAAGCUUCAUGGCUCUUAUGAGGCAUUGGAGGGUGGGCUUGUGCAAGAUGCUCUAGUGGAUCUCACAGGAGGAGCUGGUGAAGAGAUUGACAUGCGGAGCCCCCAAGCGCAGAUUGAUCUUGCUAGUGGAAGAUUGUGGUCUCAGUUGUUGCAUUUUAAACAAGAGGGCUUUCUUCUUGGUGCUGGAAGUCCUUCUGGCUCGGAUGCUCAUAUUUCAUCAAGUGGCAUUGUUCAGGGACAUGCUUACUCAAUUUUGCAGGUAAGAGAAGUUGAUGGCCAUAAGCUCGUGCAAAUUAGAAAUCCGUGGGCAAAUGAAGUUGAAUGGAAUGGUCCGUGGUCAGACUCAUCACAAGAGUGGACUGAGCGAAUGAAGCACAAACUUAAGCAUGUUCCACAGUCAAAGAAUGGGGUAUUCUGGAUGUCUUGGCAAGAUUUUCAGAUCCACUUUCGGUCAAUAUAUGUCUGUCGUGUUUAUCCACCCGAGAUGCGUUACUCUGUCCAUGGCCAAUGGCGUGGUUAUAGUGCAGGUGGUUGCCAAGAUUAUGACUCAUGGCAUCAAAAUCCUCAGUACCGGCUUAGAGUAACAGGACGGGAUGCACUGUAUCCUGUACAUGUAUUUAUUACCCUUACGCAGGGUGUUGGUUUUUCUAGAAAGACAAAUGGUUUCCGGAACUAUCAAUCUAGCCAUGACUCUUCUAUGUUUUACAUUGGAAUGAGGAUACUCAAGACACGGGGCUGCCGUGCUGCUUACAAUAUCUACAUGCAUGAAUCAGUGGGUGGAACAGAUUAUGUUAACUCAAGGGAGAUAUCAUGUGAAUUAGUGUUGGAGCCUUAUCCAAAAGGAUACACAAUUGUGCCCACAACCAUCCAUCCUGGAGAGGAAGCACCUUUUGUUUUAUCAGUUUUUACAAAAGCACCAAUCAAGCUAGAAGCUGUUUAAUGCAAGAUUCAUACUAGAUGUGUUCGCUGCUGGUAGCUGUGCCUUGCUGUUGCUGGCCCAGGCUCCUUUGGGGUUCAAGUGAUGCAGAUUCCAGCUGUGGGUUCAAGAGGAUCAGAUAAUGGUGUUUGCUGCAGCAAUAUGCCGGUACCUGGGAGAUAUGAAGCAGCAGCUCUGCUCUUGAACCUGAACAUUCUGGGCUUCAUCAGACGCUACAUGCAACCGCAUAAGCUUGAUUGCUUCCUAACGUGACAGGAAAGGCAAUCUUUCUGUCAGCAGGCAUGGUGUUGAUACAUCAGAAUCAUUUGAUCGCCGUGCAUGACUCUGGAUGUUUUCUAGUCGAUGCUUGUAGAUAGUGGUGGCAACUAACAUUUAGACCUGGUAGCCCCAUCCCGUGUAUAGGUAUCCCAUGUCACCGUGUACAUACUAUAGAAUUAGAUGAGUUAACCUUGUGGUGUCGUUUCCUGUUAGCGAAAUAGAGCUCUUGUGCAGCUGGGAAAUACCAUUUUAGCAUGCUGCAGUUUUGCUGAUCAAGGCGAGCAGUCGUCGGCCAUAGCGUUUUCAUUGAUUGCCUGUAUGUAAUCGAAAUCUGAUCUCAUUCAAUGGAAGCUAUUUUUUGGUACCCUUUGAAGCA